AUGGUAAAGAAUCAAAAAGAAGAAGUUUAUGGAGAUGACGAAGAAGAUGUACCAAUGGUCAAGGUUUUAGUGUUGGGUGGACCACGUACAGGCAAAACCAGUAUAAUCAAUAGAUAUUGUCACAACAAGAUACCCUCCAACUAUAAAGUAACAGUCGGUGUCGAUUGUGUCAGUAAGAUCACCGUUGUCAAUGGUGUCAAAGUUGAACUUUUCUUUUGGGAUAUAUCAGGUCAAGAGAGAUAUGCUCAUAUGACACGUCAAUAUUUUGAAAAUGCUAAAGGUGUAUUUAUAGUAUUCGAUGUUUCCGAUGAAAAAACACUGGAAGCAGCAGAGGCAUGGAAGGCAGAGGUAGACAAUUGCUUCCCCAACGAACCGAUCCCAUCGAUACUGUUGGCAAACAAGAGCGAUAAGAUAUUGGAUUUGAAAGAGGUACCCUACAGAAGAUACGAUCAAUUCUGUGAAUAUAACAAGAUUGUAAAGUGGUUUUUGACAUCGGCUAUGGCCGGAACAGGUUUGGAUGAAUCAGUCGACGAACUCGUCAAGCUGAUCUUUGACAGCAACGCCGAUCUAGCACCAAAGAAACCCGUUGGUUUUAAAUUAACUUCUGCACCACAACAACAAGCAACCACAGAGACAAGAAAGACUUGUUGUUGA